AUGACUUUCGGUUGGUUUUUUUCAUCAAUCCCUUUUUAAAGUUCGAUGACAAAUUGAAUAACAAUUAAAUUUGGGGAGAUGCAACGACUUUGUUAAUUUUAUUCAUCUUAAAAGAAUAACUUCAAGGUUAUUCCAAUUUACUCAAGUGGGGGUUAACACGACCGCGGGUCCUCUUCCCUCCAUCACCACAAGUUCCGACACAUAUGUUCCCAAAUUCUCCCUACAUCUAUUUCGUGAAAUUUAGUACUUGUGUGUGAGAAAUAAAACAUUUUGAUUUGAUUUUACAGACAUUUUUUGGAAUGAAAAGUUCCAUUUUUUGAUUGCACAGCUGUAUAAGAGUUCAUGUUGAAAUUGUUGCAAAGCAUUGGAAAUUUCGAAGUUUUUUUGAUUUGAGAAAAUUGUUUUUUUGAGAGAUUGGAAACCAAGCCAUCGUUUUUUUCAACAACUUCAGUGAACUUAGUUUGAAAAAGAUUUUUUUUAGAAGAUUUCUACUCUUCCAGCAAUUUUUAAUAAUGACCAUCUUGGUUGAUUUUGAAAGAUAGUAGUUUAUUAAAAAAAUUAUUGAAACGAACUUUUUCCUGAAAACUACAUGACUCCCGUCAAGUAUAAAAAUUCUCUUUGCAAACUUGAAAAAGAAAGUGAAAGUUGUAAUUCAAUUUGAACAGGCAAUAAUAAAUUCUUUAGACGGGGAGGACUAUUUAUACAGCUUGUACGAGAAGAAACACCCUCGUCGAAAUGCCGACAAAUGAUCGAAAUACUUCCCCCUGAAAGGAACAUUCUCAAUCAUAAUUGCGGUUUUUGCACUCUCCAUUCAUCUCGGCUUAUCUUUUAUUCGACCUGACCUCAAUUAAUUCGGAAAAAGGUACGUUUCCUGAAAACGGAAACAGUCUCAAACUCGAUAUAAGAUUUUAUUGCUUAAGGCCUCAGUUUUCAAGCUUUUCUUACUGCAUCUAUCGCUUUUCUAGUUCCACAUCGGAAGUAGCACAUUCCGAUGAAAAAACCUUCAUAAUCCUCCAGAAUCCUCGUCGCUUUCAGAUUCUUCGUCCUCUCCGGCUUCCUUAUGUGCAUGUUGCUCCAGAAGUCGCAGACGAUGUCGCGACGCCAACUUGUCCUCAACUUUUACUGUCGACGUCUCAAGAGAAUCCUGCCGCUCUACCUUCUCUGUCUCCUCGGCAUCCUCCUCGCCUUGUACGUCUUCUUCCCGGAUUCUUCCGUCGACACGAAUCUUCGAGCCGCGCCCAAUUGCCGAAAGUUGCUCAGAUUACAGAGAUUUUCCUCAUGUUUUUCGCGGCUUUUGCACCGACAAAGUUCAGCGAGUUAUACGUCAGGUAAAAUUGACUUAAUUACUUGUAUUCGUCAAAUGGUUGCUACAGUAUGCGCAGCGCUUCGAAAUUUUUGUUUAAGCGAAGAAAAAGUUCCUUUAAAGCUUUGAAAAAUGCUGCUUUUUGGUCCGUUUCUGGUAUUUUUGUGCUUUUUAAGUCAGAAGUCAUUUUUUAUAACCUUCUGAAGUUGAUAUUUCCAGAUUCAACACGACCCUCCUAACGGGUCUUUUGAUUUGCGCGGCCGCGGAACACCCGAUUUUGUGCAGCCGACCUUUAAUCUACUUGGGGGACAUUUCCUAUGCUCUCUAUCUGAUUCAUUGGCCAAUUUGUGCUUAUUGUAAAUUGGUCCAUCCGGAUAGUACUUUCGGUAGGAAUUAAUCUGAUUUCAACGUAUAUUUGGCUUUUUUUUAGCCGUUUUUAUCGGCUUUUUGGCUUCUAUACUGACCGCCGUCGUUGUUCGAGAGACUUUUGAAAAGUGA